UGGCGUUUUGUUUACAGAUGUGGGAGAAAUUUUUUCUUACUUUUGUUCAGAUUAAUUUUUAGCUUCAGUUAAUGGGAGACGCAGAUGUUCGGAGGAAUUAGGAACGUCGGAGACCCGAGCCAAAGUCCUGAACCAGGACAAGGGCCUACUCGUCAGCGCUCAUUCAAGGACCGCUUGCGAGAUGGCAUUUCUCACGGUCUUGCUUGGCAGAAUAAGAGUAAAAGCAUGGACCAAGCCGGUACAAGGCCAUUGGGUGGCGCGAGCCCGCCUCUGCUUCCUUCCUUCGGACCACGCGGUGCCGGUGAGCAAGAAGGAAAAGACGUAAAAAUGGGAUCCUCCGGCGGACUGGAUGUGGCGGAUUUGCCCACCUAUGUUGUUCAAAAUGCGGAUACGCUCAACAGCGUGGCUGCCAAGUUCGGACUGACACCGUCGGAGCUUGCGAAAGCCAAUCGCUUGUCGUCUCGCUACGUUGUGUUUCCCGGCCAGACGUUGAAAGUGCCGAGAGGCCCGACUCCUGCCACAACAGUGACGCCUUGCGUCGAUAUCCUGGCCGCCGGCGGGGAUGCCAAUCCCGAAGAUGUGUCAAACUCUCCUUCUGAGAAAGGAAGGAGCGAGCGUUUGGGAUCCUCGCUGUCGUCUGGCUCAGGAAGUCGACAACUCAGCCGAGAAUCAGACGACCUGGAUCGGGAUAGUUUGGAAAAAUUUCUGAAACUUCACGUGCGACACGUUUCGGACGGACAGGGCGUCGUGGACGGAGUUUUGCUUGUGACGCCCAACGCUGUCAUGUUUGACCCCAACGUUUCCGAUCCGCUCGUGAUUGAGAACGGCGCUGAAGCAUACGGCUUAAUUGCGCCCCUCGAACUCGUUGUCAACUCUGCGAUUUAUUUCGACAUGGUGCAUUCCAAGACAAAGGAUGGAAAAUAUGAUCCGUCUAGACGAGAGAAAGGUGAAAUAUACUACGGGAAAGGAACGAUCAGACGAGAUCCAUCUAUUCAUCUUGAAGCAGCUGUCUGCGACGAAACUGUGUCAGAGAAGAGGGACGAAUCCGAAGAAAAGGCUCAAGAAAGCUCAACCAACACUGCCACAAUUGCUCCUCAGCCAACGAAGCCCGUUUUGGAUUCACCAAAAAGAGUUCCAGUUGAAAUUAAGCCGGAACCGAAACGUUCAAGCUCCACUUGUUCAUCCGGUUCUGGCAGCAUGUUGUUCAGUCUGAACCCCAGAGAGAUACUGAAAAGCAUCAGCGGAGACGAUAGAGAGCCCGAGUCCCCGUGCCAUACCCCGCCGGUCCACCCACCGCCGGGCCUGGAACGCCAGGAGUCGAAGAAGCAAAAGGUGUUGAAGCGGCUGUCGAACCCGCUACAGUGGAUCGACAGUCUGGGUUCCAUGGAUUCACAAAAUUCGUCGCACCCCAAUACCCCGCCCACCAACUCCAGCCUGUCCUCACCGCUUCACACUGCACAGGGUCACCAUUCCCCGUCUCUGUCCGCCACCGUGUUCUCUAAGAUGUUCUCUAGGAGUCAGUCGAGUGAGACUGGGACACGAAAAGCUGAGCAUUCACGUUCGGAAAGUGGCGACGCCGGAAAGUUGACUUACAGGAAUGUUAUGUCCAUGGACGAUAUGCCGGAUCUCUUCGCUUCUAUUGACAAAUUAUUGCCGAAGAUGACGACCCCAGCUUGGACAGUCGAACCACCGUUGUAUCUUUGUUUGCGUACCGGACGACCAAAAAACAAGAGGAUCCCAUGUUCGACUCCUGUCGUGGCCUAUGGCGUGCGGAAAGUUUUGCCGGAAUAUUGGUUUUUGGUGCCUCAGUCCAGAGCUGAGGAAUUGUACGUCUUCUUGCGGACUUGGAUGCCAGAUUUGUACGGAGAAGUGAACGAGAAGUAUUUGGCUGACCAUGAUAUGGAUCUUGUUGAGGAGGAACUGCUUUUGGAAAAUGACGGACAGGAAGAUGGACGUGGGAUGAGCGCCGCUGAUAAUGCCAGCUCGCACAUAGGGGACUUGAAAGAGUCUUGGGAGUUUCGUCGUUUUAAUCCUUGGACGAGAGCACCGGGAGCGAAUUCUACGAUUUACGGGACUGGAGCUAAAGCGCGGACUUGGGCAAUGACUAUCGCGUCGAGAGUUUCUCAUCCGCGUAUUACGCAGAUGAUCAAGGCCCCUUACACGAGACUGUACAGUCUUGUACGAACGAAAGCACCGCGGCCAAACCUAUCAUCCCUGGAACACGCGUUCGAGAUUGAGCCGUACGAGAAGAAUGUGCGCAGCGCCUGGUGGUCGCAAGUCGUAUCAGCGAGUGAAGAUGAAGUUCAGCAAGCGUUGCACGGAUCCAACACUGAUGACGAGUUCAUUCCUGAACUUGUUGGUGAUUCGGAAAUAUUUAACAUGCAGCAAAGGAAGCAUUUGAUUCGCGUCAUUCCUGCGAGAUGCCAAGGGUAUCCUUGGCGACUCGGUUUUAGUACUUCCAGGGACGGAUUUUCUUUGGCGAGUCUCUACAGGAAGAUGGAAUGCGUUGACUCAUGCGUACUGCUUAUGAUACAAGACACACAACAUAAUGUUUUUGGUGCGUUGUUAUCCGAUGCUCCUACGCUUCAAGAUCAUUUUUACGGAACGGGAGAAAGCUUUGUAUUCUCCUUCACCCCGCCACGUGUUGAAGAGAAGGCUGAAGAAACGGAACCAGAAAAUGGGGAUGCAAUUGGCAAAGAAGUGGAAGAAAUAGCUGUUGCGGAAGAAGAAUCCGUGGAAUGUGGGAAACUUGGUGCAGCUGAAGGUGAACUUGAGAUUGAGGACAAGGACGCUGAUGCAAAAAAUAAAGCAGUUCGGGAUGAACAAGCGAAGAUGAACAUGGGCAAGCAUUUCAGGGUAUUCAAGUGGUCGGGUGAAAAUUCUUUCUUCAUCAGGAGUCAGCCAGAUUCGCUGACCGUUGGUGCUGGGGAUGGACACUUCGGCCUUCUUUUGGACGGGGAUUUGAACCACGGAAGAACGGACGUGUGCAGUACUUUCCGUAACGACGUUUUGGCCGCCGACAACGAUUUCGUCAUCCUGACGAUCGAGUGCUGGUUUUUCGAAUAAUUCCCUGAAAAUUCGGUGGAACGAUCGAAGAAAAAACUUACACGACUCUUGUCUAUUCUUGCCACAUAUUAGCUCUGUCUGUCGUUUUUACGGAAGGAAAAAAAUGAAGUCAAGAUUACCAUUUGGCGCUGAGCUCAAGCAGAGCAACUGUAACUGGGAUGAUACUGGUAGAUUGACUGUGAUUUGAAGGGAAAGGCUGGCCCAUCCCAUCUCCUUUUGACUCAUACUAACCUGUGUUAGAAGUGGUGGUGAGGACCUUAGGGCGGAGCGUGAGUUAAUUGCGUUAGAUUUGUGGCUGUUGAAACGACUGCAGUCCGUAGAUUUUGGGGAACGUAGCUAAAUGUAUAUAUUUCAGUGAGAUGGAAAAAGACGGGCUACGUGAGCGUCUCUGGAAGCAGUGCUCUUUGAAACUGGUCUCUCAUUUUUCAUUCUUCCAGCAUUGGUAUGACGGGCAUGAGAAGUUUAUCGAAAGUCCUUCGAGUCGCCGCCAAAUUUUUGUUUUAAACGGAUGAAACCUGAUCGUCAAAUUUUUAUUGAUCGAGAUAACUUAUUAGAAAGGAUUUUUGCAGCCUCCGAUGUCAAGAUGUACGUAGCAUCAGGAAAAUUCCUCGAAAAGUGCCAUGCUUCCAUUUUUCCGGUCAUGAUCCUCUGAUUCGAGCGAACAUUUCUUCACGAAUGACCCUUUGGUCCAUUCAUUCCUAGACUCAGUUUUCGGUACCAUUCGUUGGAAAAAUCGUUGUGACAUUAGUUUUGAUCCAAAAACCUGUUAUCACCCGAUUAGCAACGGUUUUAAAAUAUGUAGCUUUCCUACUUGAGCACUCAUUUAAUCUUUUUUUUUAAUAUCUGAUUUAAAAAGUCCUACACCGUAAUUUUCUGUUGGAAAUUCCAGCACAAGAAAAAAAUCUUAAUAUAAUUUUUUCUGAUUAUCUAUUGAGCAGAAUGGGUGCAUUUCUUGUAAGAAGUUUCUGCUGACGGGUGUUUAUUUUUCAUCGGACUGAAAUGGUGGUUGAAACGUGAUUCGAAGAAUUUUUCAGAAAGCUCUCACGCGCUCCUGAUGGUGAAUUGCUUUUUCCAGGAAAACAAUGGCAUACACUAUCUCAGGAGUUUAAACAUCGGAAGGCGAGGAUGAGAGAAUACGGUAGAUUUUAUUGAUGAAAGUUUGAUUCGUUUCAAAGUGCACAGUUUCCAGAUCAGUUGAAUGAAUGGUUGUAAAAAGGCAUUCAUCCCAUUUAGAGGGAAGUUUAACUGUGGAUUGCUUCCUAUGGACCGCGUGGGCUAUAUGGCGAGUCGCACUUGCCUUAAUGUUAGGUUUUCCCCCGUUUGAUUAAUUUCGUUCCCGUGAUUCAAGACUCAUUUAGCUGGAUCUCUGAUUGUGGAAGAAGAAUCAGUUUCUGUGGGAAUAAUGUUUUGAUCCCUGGUUAUUUUUGUCGGGCGCUCAAACGUUUUCAUGCAAUCAUUCCGAUCAAAACGCGGUUUUUGUUCUGAACUGCACGCAUCGCCGGAUGAUUUUUUCUUUUUUUUUCCAUUUCGAACAUUUUGUGAUUUGAGUUUAUAACGAAUCAAGUGUGGGGGUUGAUCGAGCUCGGGCAAUCCAUAGUUAUUUGGCUGGGAACCGGGUUCCGAAGAAUUGAUAGGUCUUUCUGGUUGUUUUCGAGCUUCCCUGGAAAAAAAGUCCCGUGAACCCUGGUCAAUAUUUUUCCAGCAGAUGUAUUAGAGUAAUAACCCUACAUGCAUGAAAUUGUCUUCGGACGAGAAGGCGUGGCUCUCAGGUGCUUCGAACAAUUUCCCCUUUUAAGUCCCCGUUUCUUUUUUAUUUACCCUGUAAGCUCACGAUUGUGGUUGUAAGAGAAUUUCUCCGAAUUUUCUCUACAACAAAAUGUGAAGAAAUUCGGUGUCAAAUUUGGCAUAACCUCGGCGGCGUGAGUACGUUCAUCAGCGAGGGUUGUUGUAUUUUCGCGUAGGGUUUCAUCAUCUUUGAAAAGUUCAUAGCCAACGAGAUCUGUCCGCUUUGGAAGAGUGAGUAUUCAGACAUUAUCCUGAUGAUUUUUUGUAAAUUUUCUUCCACUUUGCCCAACAUCGCAUCUUUUCUGGCCGUAAGUGCGUAAAGGUCAACUGAUGAUGAAGCCCUCUGAAAAAUUUCUUGGAUAACGUGUUUACAGUUAAAUCCGUUGGAUGAGAAAAAAUUUGAAUCUCGUACUGCUGAAUGAUCUCGGAAAUCUUGAAUUAGAAAAAAUUGUGUUCGACUCGUCAGAGAGAGAAUAGUCGAGGGAACAUUUUCCCGAUUCACCCCACGCAUAAAAGACAUGCAGUUCCUGUAUUCACGGGGAUUAUAGAAAUGUGCCCUACGUUGAAAUGGAACAGCCCUCGUCUCUGUCUCUGUAUAUCCUGUGCAAGCUCAUCAAUGUGUUCUGUGGCUGGAAGUGAUGUGCAACGGUCUCGGAAACUACGGAAAGGCACGAGAAGCAGAAAAAGGAUCUUCAGUGUUGAGAUCGCUCCUCUAUUGCCAAGGGGGGCGAAGGAAGUCCCCUUGAUUGAAAUCCAUCCAUUCCUGGAAUCCCACUCUGUUAAAUGUGGCCAAAGAAAAUAGAGGAAAGAAUCUAGUCGAAUUGAUGUACAUGCACUUGUGAAGCGAUGAGGAAUCCUGAGUGUAAUGUGAGGUGUCAACGUGCUGGACAACUUUGGAGUCGAUAUGGUUGGAUUGGGCAAUUAAAUAUAAGCGCGCCGGAGAAAGGAUUGGUUCAUUGGGAUUUGUGCGCGAAAGUAGGAGCUGUGCGUGUCAUUUUGUGUUGCCUGUAACCAAACGAUGGAAAUAAAAACAUGAUCUCGUAAAAGUA